GUAAUGAUUCAACAUGGCGGAUGACGCGAGCUUCCCUGCCCUUGCCCCGCAGAUUGUAGUUUCUUCGGUUGGGCAACGUAACUGCCGCUCGUCUCGAAUGAUUUCACAUUGCGAUGAAUGAAAAUAAUAAUCGCGGUGAAUAGUCGCUUCAAAAGUUGCACCUAAAAACUUGUUUUCUUGACCAAAAGUGUUUGUGCAUGUGAGUUCCAAAGGUGGAUUCGUGGUGAUUGAGUGGUAUCCAGUUCUACCUUUACAAUCGUGAACUACUCAUGUUUACGUGCUGAAACACGGCACAGUGAAGUUCUGGACCUCUCCAGCUUUCCAGUUGUCCCUUUAAUGGGAUCUUGUUAAUCUACAGGUGUUGACGGAAGAGCGGCAAAAUGCCGGAGGGAGUGGCCAAGGACGGGAAAGGGGCCAAGGAGGAGAGCAAGCCCAAAGCCAAGGAGUCCCCCAAGCGCCGCCCCGCCGGCAACCUCGCCAGGGUCAAGGUGGAACUGCUGGAUGGCUCCAUCAUGGAUCUUGAGGCUGAUAGAAAGAUCCGCGGUCACGAGCUACUAAGCAAAGUGUGCGACAGCCUCAACCUGGUGGAAAAGGACUACUUCGGACUGCUGUACCACGACCGCGGCGACCCGCGAGUGUGGCUCGACCUGGAGAAACGCGUCUCCAAGCUGCUCAAACAUGAGCCAUGGGACCUGCGGUUCGCAGUCAAGUUCUACCCGCCCGAGCCGGCGCAGCUGCAGGAGGAGCUCACACGGUACCAGCUCGUGCUGGCCAUAAGGAAGGACCUGCUUGACGGUCGCCUCCCCUGCUCGACGGUCACCCACGCGCUGCUCGCGAGCUACCUGCUGCAGUCGGAGCUGGGCGACUACGAGGAGUCUGAGAACGGCGCCGGCCUGUGCAAGCAGCUGAAGCUGGUGCCGCCCGCCGCCUGCACGCCCGAGCUGGAGGAGAAGGUGGUGGAGCUGCACAAGACGCACAGAGGUCAAACGCCCGCGGAGGCGGAGUUGAAUUACCUGGAGAACGCCAAGAAGCUGGCCAUGUACGGCGUGGACCUGCACCCGGCCAAGGACUCGGAGAACGUUGACAUCACCCUCGGCGUGUGCUCCUCGGGCCUGCUGGUGCAUAGAGAGAAACUCCGUAUAAACCGGUUCGCGUGGCCCAAGAUCCUCAAGAUCAGUUACAAGCGCCACAACUUCUACGUGAAGCUGCGCCCGGGGGAGUUCGAGCAGUUCGAGUCCACGGUGGGCUUCAAGCUCGCCAACCACCGCGCCGCCAAGAAGCUGUGGAAGACCUGCGUCGAGCACCAUACUUUCUUCAGAUUGAUGUCCCCGGAGCCCGCGUCCCGCAGCACUCUAUUCCCACGGCUGGGAUCGCGCUUCCGCUACAGUGGACGCACGCACUACGAGUCGCGCGCCGCGCCGCCGCAGCGCACGCAGCCUCACUUCGCUCGCGCCAUCUCCGCCAGGAGGUUGUCGUCGAGGAGUGCUGAUGCUCUGGCGGCAAGUGACAAGGAUGAAUCCAUGCCCGAAGCCACCAAGCGACACACCAUGCCGCCGCAGCCCGCGCCGCGGCCCACAAUUAAAGACAAGAAGCCACCGCCAGGUGCCGUGAAGGUGAUGCCGACGUUGCUGAAGAAGGACGAGGACAAGAAGCUGCCCGAACAGAGGAGACCCGCGGAAAAUGGUACUGACACGACCAGCGAUCCUGGUAUCACCAACAAUGUCGAGACGCCCAAGAAGUCGAAGGGAGGCUUCACCUUAUUCGGAGGCAAGAAAGAAAAGUCGCCCAAAGAAGAAAAAUCUCCCAAGGAAAAAUCCCCCAAGGAAAAAUCUCCCAAGAUUAAAGAUAAAGCAGAAAAAUCUCCAAAAUCCAAACCAGAAAAAUCUCCGAGAGAUAAAGAUAAGAAAAUCAAAGACCCUAAAGCUAAGAUCGCUGUGCUCGAUACUUCAAACGAAAGUUCAAAUCCUGAUACUUCACUCGACAUGAGCCCCGUGAAAGACGAGAAACCGAGUUUCACCAAGCCGUAUGAAUACACGGAUACCGAAAAAAGUCCUACGCGAAAGCCUUACAUUCAAGGCGCGUUCAGUUACGAAAAGGAACCAAUUUCUGACGAAAAGCAAAGAGGUAUGGAUGAGAGUCAAAGUCCGGGAACGAGAAAAGCGGGUCUAGCUUUUAACUAUGCCCCGGGAGAAGAUAGAAAGGUCGCUGAAAGUGCGGAAAAGAGAAAAACUCCGGAAGAUUUUAGCAAACUUAAAACACCGGGUAUUGAUUACGUACAAUCGGCCGCUUUGAAAGAACAAGCCAAAACUCCCAAGUCUAAUCUAAUCGACCCGACUCUUGCAUUAUUGGAUGCCGAGAGAGCUCAUCACGAAGCACCCGCCGCUAUAGUCCCAGUAGCGACGAAACCCGAUACUGAAAUUCAAGUUGUCAUCAUAACCGGUCGCUAUAACCCCAAAACUAAGAAAUUAGAUGACGCUAAUGGAACUGUACUCGUCACGAAAGGUUCGUUGAAUAAGGCCAAUGGAAAGAUAGAGACAGAGAAAGAAAUAAUCAACACUAAAUCCGGCCAAAUUAAUUUCACCGAUCCAGCAUCGGGAAAACAAGAAGUAAAGAACGGUCACGUAGAUAACAAAACAGGGCACAUUCUAUUCACGUCUGGGGUUAUUGAUCCCAAGACUGGUAAAAUUGAUCCAACGUUGGCCCAACUAUACUGCUUCGUCGAAAAAUCCGCCGACAAAGUUGGUUCCAAGCCUGGCCGAGAAGUCGAUUUAGUAGUUAUUACUUGUAAAUAUGACGGUAAGCAUAAGAAAUUGGAUGCAUCUCAUGGACACGUGGAAGUUUCUAAAGCCAUUGUCGCUCCAGAUGGCACUGUGAGUUCUAACUACGGUUUAAUAGAUCCGAAGAAAGGUAAAAUUGAUUAUAUUGAUCCCAAAACAGGCAAACAAGAUCCAAAACAAGCAUAUGUUGAUCAAAAGACUGGUAACCUUCUAGUUACGACUGGAGUACUCGAUCCCAAAUCGGGCAAAGUUGACUCUUCGUUGGGACAGCAAUACAGUAUUGUAGAAAAAGAUGCCACAAAGGCUAACAGAGAAGUGAGAUUGGUAGUAAUCACAAGCAAAUACGACUUGAAAAAUAAAAAGCUUGAUCCUUCCUUUGCUCACGUAGAUUCUAUAAAGGGAGUGCUAAGCGGCGCUGAUGGUAAAAUCUACACUGAAUACGGUAUUAUUGAUCCAAGAACUGGUGAUAUACAGGUUACAGAUCCUAAGACCGGCAAACAAGAAGUUAAACAAGCUCAAGUUGACCCGAAGACUGGGAAUAUUCUCCUCUUGUCUGGUGUGAUUGAUCCUCGAACAGACAAACUUGAUACAACACUAGGACAACAAUACAGUAUAGUGGACAAACCUACAUCUACUUUCGCCGCGCUACCAGGAAAGGAAGUUCAAGUAGUUGCAGUCACUGGAAAAUAUGAUACGAAAAAUAAGAAAAUGGACAAUCCCAAUGGUUUUGUUGAAACAUCCGUAGGUAUUAUUAGCGCUAAAGAUGGAAAAGUUCACUCCAAUUUCGGAAUAUUAGAUCCCAACACUGGAAAAAUUUACUAUACGGAUCCUAAGACAGGCAAACGGGAGUCUAAACAAGCAGCGCUUGACAAUAAAUCUGGAAGUUUCCUUCUAACAUCUGGAGUCAUUGAUCCAAAGACCGGUAAAGCUGAUUCAUCCCUUGCACAACAAUUAGCGGUUGUCGAUAAAGACGCCCCUAAAGGAAUUCCUGAGAGACUCGUCAACUUGGUCAUUGUUACAUCUAAGUAUGACCCUAAGAACAAAAAACUUGAUCUAUCAAACGCGCAUAUUAAUUCCAUACAGGGAAAACUUGAUGAUGAUGACAGAGUGCAUACAGAACUGGGCGUUAUUGACCCAGUUACAGGCCAAAUAACAGUAACAGACCCAGUUACUGGCAAACAGGAAGUUAAAAAAGCUACUGUUGAUUCCAAAACAGGUAACAUGCUGCUCACAUCUGGUGUCGUCGAUCCCAAUACAAGGUUAGUUGACCCAACCUUGGGACAACAAUACACAGUGGUUCAUAAACCUAAAGAUACGUUCGGUUCUGUCCCUGGUAAGGAAGUGCAGCUUGUGAUUAUUACAAGCAAAUAUGAUACGAAAUAUAAGAGGUUAGAUAAUCCCAAUGGUCAUGUUGAAACUUCACGUGCCAUUGUUGCUUCUGAUGGCAGGAUACAUUCUAACUUCGGUAUAAUAGAUCCUAGAACAGGUAAAAUAGAACAGGUUGAUCCUGUAACUGGAAACCUAGAAGUAAAGAACGCUGUUGCUGAUCCUAAGACAGGUCACCUUAUCCUAACCUCUGGAAUCGUUGAUCCGAAAACUGGAAAGGUAGAUUCGUCGCUCGCCCAACAAGUCACUAUUGUCGAUAAAGAUGGCAAACCUGUUGAAAGAGAGGUCCAUCUCGUUAUCAUAACUACGAAAUAUGAUCCUAGAACAAAGAAAAUUGAUCCAAGUCAAGGUCACGUAGAUACUAUUAGUGGUACAGUUGGCCCCGAUGGCAAAAUCCAUACAGAAUUUGGUACCGUUGACACAGCGACAGGAGAAAUUGUCAUUACUGAUCCUAAAACGGGCAAGAAAGAAGUCAAGAAGUCCCAAGUUGAUCCUGCUACUGGACAUAUGCUAAUUACAAGCCAGGUGGUUGAUCCGAAGACAGGAAAAGUUGAUCCUACUUUAGCACAACAGUACAGCAUUGUUAAUAAACCUAUCGUUGCACGUUCGAAACCACCGUCUAAAGGUGAAGUGCGUCUAGUAAUAAUAACCAGCAAAUACGACCCUAAAACAAAAACUGUCGAUGCUGGCCCCGGGACUAUUGACGUGUCUAAAGGCUACGUUAGUGUUGAAGACGGAAAAAUACAUACAGACUUCGGAAUUAUCGAUCCCAAAUCUGGACAAAUUCUUUACAAAGAUCCUAUUACUGGAAAACAGGAAUUGAAACAAGCAGAAGUUGAUCCAAAGACGGGCAAUAUCAUUGUGACUUCAUCUGUCACUGAUCCUAAGACAGGCAAAGUUGACCCUUCAUUCGCUCAACAGUUGUUGAUUGUUGAUAAGCAGAAUGUACUGUCCAAACCGCCACCACCGCCCGUGUCUCAAAGGAUAAGUAUUUCGCCCGCUAGAAGUAUUCCUUCCCCCGUAAAGACCCCCACACCUACGCCAGUACAAACACCCUUACAUUCGCCAGUUAACACAUCAUCACCCAUCACAAGCCAGUUACAAAAAGCAUCACCCAUUACAUCGGUUAGACCCGUGGCACCCCCGAAACCUUUGACAGCGCCCCCAGAACCGCCAAGGAAGAAAAUCGUUAAAAUCAUGGUUAUCUUUACGAGACUUGACCCUAAGACUAAGAAACCAGAUUUCCAUACUGCUGAAGUAGAACACCUGACUGGAGUACUCGAUCCGAACGGUCUCGUAGAAACGAAAUAUGGUGUAAUUGAUUCUAAAAAAGGAAGUAUCGCCAUUACAGAUUCUACUGGUCAGAGACUUACUAAGGAUGGAUUGGUGCUCAAUGAAACUGGACAGAUCUUUAUUAAUUCGGGAGCUCUAGACCCCAAGACAGGCAAAAUAGAUCCGAAUAUGGGCAUGAUCGUAAGCAUCGCUAAGCAAGAUGACCCAAUAGUAGAAAUCACGACAAUAACUGGCCCGAUAGAUCCUAGAACCGGCAAAGUUAAUAUUCAAGAUGGCUUUGUUGAACACACUAAAGGUAAAGUGGAUGCGGACACCGGAAACAUUUCAACGAAAUAUGGCGUUAUCGAUCCUUCCAAUGGUGUUAUAUUCGUGACUGAUACAUAUGGAGCCCAAGAUACUAAACCCAUUCAGAUCGACGAGAAUAAUGGUCAGAUAACUGUUACUGGUGUUGUCGAUCCUAAGACUGGAAAGUUUGACCCUAAACUUGGUCAAGUACUUGUAGUCGGAAGUCACAUCGAUCCAGUCGUCGAAGUAACGACGUUCGUUGGCAAAUAUGAUACCAAGAAGGGUAUAAUUGAACCGAAAAAUUCACUUAUCGAAAGCAGUACAGGCCAGCUUAAUCCUCACAACAACAAAAUCGAUACCAAAUACGGUCAGAUAGAUCUUGUCAAAGGCACGGUCACUUACAACGAUCCCAAGACAGGUAGAUUUGAAAGUAAAGAGCUUAAAGUUGACCCCGUUACAGGACAGUUCCUGUUACGCAGUGGACAAGUUAAUCCGAAAUCGGGUAAACCUGACAAGGAUAUCGGCAGACUCAUGUGCCUGAGGAUAAUUCAAACUAAAGUCGAUCCUGUUUCCGGCAAGCAAAUUGUCGCGAACGAUCCGAAGAACGUCAAAGUAGACCCGAAGACCAGCCAGAUCUGGAUCGCUGGACCAAAAGACCCACAGACAGGAGAAACUCUGUACACAGCUGGACAAAUUGACCCCGUUACAGGAUACAUAAUAACAGUUUACGGUCGGUAUGACCCUAAAACUGGAACCAUUACCAGAGCUUAUGACGUCGACAAAGCCCUCAUCAAAGUGGACCCGGUUAAUGGCCAGAUAUACACAGCUACAGGUGACGUAGAUGACGCCAAUGAACCUCUGUACUCCGCUUCGCAAGUUGAUCCUGGCAGCGGUGAAAUUUACACUAAGGUCGGCAAGAUAGAUCCACGAACAGGCAAACUCAUUAUUAUUAGGAUUUACAUUAUAACACAGAAGGAUGAGAAAGGUCGCGUUAAGGAGCUCGAUCCGAAAGAAUGUACGAUCGACGAAACGACGGGUAGGAUUAUAACGACUAAAACCGUAUACGUCUACCAAAUUAUCGAUCCUAUUACGGGCGAAACAAUCGAUGUGGAUCCGGACGAUCCGAGGCUCAAAGGCGCGCGAACAACUGUCACCCAAACCAUGACACUAUCUGGCAAAAUAGACCCUAUCACAGGAAGAAUUAAGACUGAAUACGGCGAUAUCGAUCCUGAUACAGGGGAUAUAGACCCGAGCACGGCCGUAAGAGACCCAGUAACGGGUCAGCUGAUACUGCACUACUCACAAAUCGAUCCGUCACACUUCGAGGAUAAGAGCGGGAACUACACUAUCGAGAAGGAAACUCACGACUUACCCGCGAAUAUAGAUAUCCAGACUGUCAACACGCACAAAUUUUCGACGUUUGGAAAGGACGAGAGUCCAGCGCGCGGGGACGAGCCGAAGACUUUCACGGAGUACACGACGUCCGAGCACAUAAAACAUCAAGGAUACGUCGUAUCCCCCUCAAUUCCCCAAUCCAAGAUCCCCAUUUCGCAGCGAUCUAAGAAAACGCCAACCCCGCCGGUGGUGGUCAAAACCACCACGAAGCAACUGCUCACGAAAAACGACGAAGGCGUCACCCACAACGUGGAGCAGGAGGUCGAGAACCUCGGAACGGGAGAGGUGACGUUUUCCACUCACACCAACAAGGCGGAAACCUUAGAGCCGAUGGAAGGGAAGAGCCCUUACGUGACCGCGCGGGCGGUGACCACUCGCACGGCGACCACUCACCACGAUCUGGACACUAAGGCGAAGACCCAACAGAUGGAAGAGAAGACCGUGGCUCAUACUCUGACGUCAUCGGCGACCAGGCAGGAGCAACGGGUGCUAACUCAGGAGGUUAAGACGACCGUUACCACUGGCGACAAGCUAACUAGACGUGGGUCCGAGAGCUCGCUCAGCAGCGGGGAUUCCGGAACGCCUAUCGACUUCGAGGACGGUGGGGAAGGACAUUAUUACGUCACUGAGCCGGGCUCGUACAAGACCACCACGACGACGACCGCGAUGGGCAACGCGCCCUUCGGCAGCAUGGUGCACGGCGCCGCCGCGAGGAUGAGCACGGGCCCGCAGGUGACAGAGGAGGAGACGGUGGGGCCGGACGGCGAGGUGGUGUCGUCGCAGACCAUCAGCUCCAAGACGCGCACCGUCGAGACCAUCACCUACAAAACGGAGCGUAAUGGUGUAGUGGAGACCCGCGUGGAACAGAAGAUCACCAUACAAUCGGACGGCGACCCCAUCGACCACGACCGCGCGCUCGCUGAGGCCAUACAGGAGGCCACAGCGAUGAACCCCGACAUGACAGUGGAAAAGAUUGAAAUCCAGCAGCAGAGCACGCAGCCCUAACCAGGCAACCCGACCGAGCCGCCAUCUUGUGCCCGCCGCGCACACAAGUAACGCGAAACUUUAUAUUAUUGCCAGCUUGCGACUGCACCGUUACCUUUACUUUUGUAUGGACACUACUCUCAAUGGAUACAAUGUUGACUGUCCUUCAACCUGCGCAGUGGGUAAUUUAUCUAACUGCAAAUGUCAGUUUAUUCCUUAUCACGCCACAAUAGGCUUCGGUUUUAAUAAGAGCGAUGAAUAUGGUCUUCCAUGGUCGUUUCAGGACCCAAAGUUGAAAUCUUAAAAUUUCUAAAUAGGUUUCUAUAGUUCUAAAGAUGAGAUAUAAAAUCUUAGCUACUCGAAAUUAAAAGAACUGGUAUUCUAUAUAGAAGAAUCUUGCGUAAUGUAUGCUAAUCUUCAUUUCGAAAAUCGAAAAGGGACACAAGGAUAACGAUGAUAAAAAGUGAGACGCGACGGAAGGAGUGUCUUUUCUGCCACACGAUUGGUUCGUCAGUAAACCUUUCGCUUACCGCGCUGCAUGCAAGAACACCUUUGACUGUCAUCCAGUAAUCUUUUUAAAAUAAAUCGUCCACUGCGCAGGUUCAAGGUUGAGCUUUUUUCGUAACGCCAACUGUACUUAUCAUAUUAAUUGGUUUGUCUGUUGAAUGUGAAAACUUCUAUAUAAAUGUGUAAUGGCGAUAUUUUGUGUGUUCCCAUCAUAUAUAAUAAAAUAAUUGUCUUUCGCAAAAAUGGCAUAUUAUGAAUCAGCUUAUGAACUAAAUUUAAGGUGGUGCGCUUUAUACUAUACGAUUUGUCGUGCGGUACUUCGUUAUAAUUGUAUAACAAAUCAAAUUGUAUAUUUAAACGUUAUCUAAGAUAUCGUGUAUAUAAGAACUCUAAAUGGGUGCGACGCGUUCGUACGACAAAUAGUAUCGUUCGACUUGUCGCAAGAUGGCGGGUGGAUCCCCUUGUUUAUAAUAUUUGUAUGUAUGUAUAUGAAAGUACAUACAGACAGGUAGAUGUUAAGCGACGUAACUGCGAAUAUUAAUAAUUAAGUUAUUAUAACGUUAAUAUAAUAAUUGUCAAAUUAUUUUUUUUAUAUAUUGAUGUUGUGUCGAAAACGCACUUUCCGAUUAUUAAUUAAUAUUAUUAUUAUUGAAUAUUAAAUGUUAAGAAAUGCAAUUCAGAUAAUGUAAAAAUAAUGUAAGUUGCAGCAUUUUCAAAGUUUAACCGACUUCCACGGAAGGAGGUUCUAAUUAAGCUUAGGUUAAGUGAUACGUUACUGGGCUUUUAGGACGUGUAAAAGUUGCCAUAGUGAAAAAAUCGACUCGUUCGUUUCUAAAAGUGCUCACACGCGGGAAUUUAUAAAUGUUUUAUAACAUUUUUUCUUAAAUUACAUUGUAAAAUAACAAGAAAUAUAAUGUAAUGACCUAAUAUGACUUCUAAUAUAACAAGUGAUGCAUUUGCAUUAUAUCAAAUGGUAUAUAACGUUAUGAAACAUUUUAAAACUCUUGUGUGUAAGCAACAUAAGGGUGUGUAAUUCUUCUAAAGUUUCGAUGUUAGCUUUAAAACAUGUCACACGAGCAAAACCACCGUAUUUAGAUUAAAAGUAAAUGUUUUCUCUCUCUCUAUCUAAUUAAAAUCUCAAAUGACAGUGAGGAUGUUUUAAAAAAAACUCGAUUGACCGGUCAAACUUUUAAUCUUUAGGAACCAAACUUCGAAUAAAUUUUGACAGUAGAUUUGUGUUGCAAAUUGGUAUUUAAUACUACUAUGUUCCCGCCUUAAUUGGACAGGUGUCUUAUGUUAUAUAACAAUUUAUAUAACAUGUUACAUAGUCUGGAAUCACUUUUAGUCCGCUAGAAGGGGAAAGAUCGAAGUUUUUUAUUCUUUGUUCGUGCAUGGUUGAGUUUAAAAAGUUUGACGGAUAUUGGCGGCAACUCAGUCGGUUUGUAGUGCAAUCGGGACCUAAAAUGUUAAAAAAAAGUAUAUUUACGACAUGUUGCUAUAACUCCGCCUUUUCUCACGCGGCGAGGUGUGUUUUCAUCGCUGACGCAACUAAUUGUGUGUUAAUAUGAAAAUAAAUGAAAAAUUUGCCUACAUACAGUGUUCCAGAUAAUAACAUUCGUUGCAUUUUUCGUAACCUUUGAGAAUAUUGGGGAUAACUAUCUAAGCCAUAUAACUCAGCGCCUCUCUCUGAGACUCUUAUAAAAUUUACAUAAAGGUGCUCGCUUCGCUUGCUUGCCUGUUUGCUUUGGUUUACAUCUUACUUUCGUGUUUUAAAGUAUAAAAUAAAAUAAAAAAUCCUUUAAAAUUUUUGCACCACCAAGCAGGCCUGCUCUGUGAGUAAGUUUUAGAUAAGUUUUGAGCACAUGAAAAUGGCAAUCUUUUCCCCGCGACGUUGUCCGUGUGGUUUAAGGUUUUAAGCAUCCUCUUGGAACUUUUCAAAAUCUUUUCUUAGUUUACGUUGCAGAAUGGAGAAAGUAUCUUCAUGCAGAAUUUACAUUUUGCAUCUAGACCCUGUGAUUCGAUCUAUUUGUUGAUAUCUCAGUCCAUUUCUCCUUUUAAUAGGUAGUUAGUAAAUAUAUCCAAAGACUAUCUGUUAACUAAAACUUAAAAAUAACGGUUUACGAAACGGUAACGAAAAUAUGCACCCAUAACAUUUUUUUUUUCAAUAUUCUUAACUAAGUCUUAGUACUAUUAGAUCGUUUAAAAUAUUUCCAGCUAAGACGUCUUAAUAUGGCAGGAAGUAAUUCGUAUUCUUAGUUUUAACGCAGUAGAUAUACAUUAGAUUAGUUGCGUCAGUCGAGAAAACAGGUUUUUAGACACCCCCGUGUGAGAAACGGCUAAUUCUAAUAUAUCUCACCAUUUAGGUGCUAUUUAGGGUUUAAUGUAAUUCUAUGUCUCGUGUAUUUAGUGCCGUAUUUUUUAUUUUUUUAAGCUGGAACUUGGACGGUUAUACGGCUUUUGGAUAAGUCGCUUGCGCAAAUGUAAAAAAAAAACAACUAAUAUAACUGGACACAGAGGAAAUGAAAAAAUGUAGACGGCAAUUCCCUGUGAAGCUGAUUUCAAUAAAAUAAACACUCGAUUGGCAUAACUGGCUCUAUAAUGCACUUUGCUAGCUAAAAUUGAGGAAUCUCAUUUAUCAUCCUAUGUCGAAAUGUUAUGGCAUUUUGACGCUCGGAUUCGAAUCUUGCGCAGGAUUUUGUUGCAACUUGUAAACCACCAUGACACAGUAAUGUGGCUGUAGCUUAAGGUUUUGUGCAUCCUAAUCGAUUUUAAAUUUAAAUAGUUUUCUGACGACAUACAUGUUAUGCAUAAAUUAUAUUGUAAUGCGUCGAUGUUUUAUAUGUACGUGUUAUUAAUUAUAAAGCGGGAUUUAAAAAGUGACACGUUAUAUUAGUUGUUUUGUUUGGAAGCUGAGAAAUGGCUUACACGGUCGAUGUUUAGUGUCCUUAGCUGUUUAUUGAUAAGGCCAGAGGAGCAUUUCGUACUGAUAUCACGAGCACAAAACUCAUUUUAUUAUUGUACGAACAUUUCUUUUUUUUCAAGCUUCACGGCUCUGGGUUCUAGUUCUUUUGAACCUAACCAUCUAAAUAUGCAUAGACCUAGACUUUUAGACUAUAUUUUAGUCCGUCAUCCAAGUUUGUAUAUGUGGUUUACACAGAAAGAAAAUUAUGUGCUAUUUCUUUAAGUAGUCAUUUCUAUAAGUAAAUGCAUCUCAUUGUUAUCUAAAUUUCUCAAAUGGUUUAAUUUGUUAUUUCAUUUAUUUAUACAAAUAAACGGUUCGUACAAUAAUAAAGGAGAAAUUAAAUGAAAACUCAUUGCAUCACCAUUUUUUAUAUCAAACGACCGGACAUUCCAAAAUACCUGUGUAUUUCUCAAUUUAGAUUAAAAAUAGGUUUUUCUAUCGAUUUUAUUUUAAAUGAGUACCUAUUAAUUUUAUAUCUAUUUUUUAUAAGCAUAGACAACCGGUUGUUUUUUCUCUGUGGGCGAAUAGAUAAUACAAAGAUUUAUUUAAAUCUUUCACGAAGCAGUACUUAUCUAAGCAUUUAACUGAGUUAUUCAUUGAAGUAUUGAACUAAACACAAAUUUUUGAAACAAUAUUUGCCAAAUAAAUUAUAUAGUUGUACAAAUAUAUGCAAAUGUCUCAGUAAAUUAUUCAUUCUUUGAUAUUUUAUAUUACGCACUUUAAUAUUGCAUCGAAAAAUAAAAUUAGUUAUUUUCAAAAUAUACAAAGUACUUAUGUCAAUUAAUUUCGAUAAUAGUCAAGUAUCCAUAUAUGUAAUAUGGUAAUGUAGAAACUGGUAAUUUAAGCUCAAUUUCAAGAUACUUUUGCUUUAAAUAUUAAUAUAUUUUUUGACAUCGAGUUUUGCAUAUGACUAAAGAAAAAAGAUUGACAGACGCAAAUAAAACUGUUUGGAAAAAGAAAUUGUAGUCGAUUACAUGCGUAUUUUCAACCGUAGUCGUGGGUUUUGUCUGGUGAGACUUGAGUCUUCGGUCGUGGC